AUGCCAAACAGUAAUGAUAUAGCAUCGCCAAAAUUAAAUGUCCUCAAUAAUCACGAACAAACGCCAGAUGAGGAUGGUCAAUUUGUCUCCCCAAUUAAUGACAGAGUUACAAUUUUGUUGAAAGAUGGAGUUACAACUGCAACUAUAUAUCCCAUUUUAUCACCUGAUUCAAUACCGUUGGGAUUAUUACAAUUUUUAUGUGACGAAUACAAUAUGGAAAUAGAAAGAGGAGAAACGUUACCAUUUUUUGACCCAUUUUCAUUAGAAGAAUUUGUCACUUAUUGGUUUGAUCAAUCAUUUGUUGCAAUAAUGUGUCUAGGAGAUUCAUUAAUAGAUGAGAAUGAUGAGCAAGAAGAAUUAAGACAUUGGGAGAAUGAAUGUCUUGGUACUUUUUAUAUUAAACCAAAUCAUCCUGGAAAAAGAACUUCUCAUAUUUGUACUGCUGAAUUCUUGGUAAAUGCUGGAAUUAGAGGUAAAGGAAUAGGUAGAACAUUAACUGAUUGUUUUAUGGAUUGGGCUCCAAAAUUGGGAUAUACAUAUACAAUUUUCAAUAUGGUAUUUGAGACAAAUGCGGCAGCUAGAAAAUUAUGGGAGUCAAUGAAUUUUAAAAGAAUUGGUAAGAUAGAUGAUUCUGUUUAUGUUAAAAAUUCAGAAUUCCCAAUUGAUUCUAUUAUUUAUGGGAAAGAAUUAGCUGAUAAGAAUGAAUCUAGUUCUUCUAGAUUCGACAACAUUAAGUAUUAUUUGACAACUGGUAAAUAUCCAAAAUCAGCCGAUAGAGAAGAAAGAACGAAAAUAAGAGCCGGUUCAAAAACUUAUUCUUUAGUUGAUGGAAAAUUAAUGUUGAAAGGUAAGGAAGUGAUAGGAGAUCCUGAUCAGCAGAUGAAAAUUUGUCGUGAUUUUCACCUAAAAAAUGGUCAUUUAGGAAUGAAUAAAACAACCAAACAAAUUGCUGUAUAUUAUCAUUGGCCAAGAGUAAAGGACACAGUGGCAUUGAUGAUCCAAGAUUGUGAAGUAUGCAAAGAAACUGGAGGGGAAGGAGGACGUAGUAACAAACGCCAAAAAACCUCAAAGACUCAAGAGAAUGAUCAAGGUGAAACUAGAAUUAGUGAUCAUGUUCAAGCUGUUAUUUCUGAAGUUCAAGAAUCUCAUUUAGAAGGAUAUAAACCAACUUAUGCCGAAGUAGCAGCAUCUGGAUUAACAAAUAAUUCAUAUAUAGAAAACUAUCGAUCAGAAGAAGAAGAUUUGGAUCCUGAUAUAGUUCAACCAAGAGUUAGAACUUACAAGAAGUAA